AUGGCGUCUGCGCAUUCGACGAGCGUCUUCUUUACGAGUGUUCCUUUAUUUGUGGAGGCGCGCAGCCUUCGCAAGCAUUUUGAGAGCGUUGGCCACGUCACUGACUUUCGCCUUUUGGGUCCGACACCAGGAAGGGACUUUCGUUACGGCUUUGCCGAUUACUUGGAUUUUGCCAGUGCAGAGGAGGCCAUCAAACGCCUCGAUGGCACCUCAUUUGGCGAGCGCAAGAUGAAAGUCACUUCAGCGGCCAACUCACGGUCUAGGAAGCGUAAUCGUCAUUAUACACAUACAAAUGAGCCGCCGGUGCGUGGCGGAAUGGUAUUUCCACGCGGCUAUGUUGAUCCCUUACUGGGCCGCGAUGACACCAGUGUCCUGGAAUGCCUGCAGCGUAUGCCUGUCGCGGAUGCUUACGAGGCAGUAGAGCAACUCCGCGUCUUGGUGUUAGAACGGAAAGAUGAGGCGCGGAAGCUGCUUGAUAGUUGUCCAGCGCUCCGACUGGCUGUAGUGAUGAUUUUGCAGCAUGCAGGACGGCUGCCGUAUGGUCCACUUCCACUGGAUGCGGUUCGGCACACGGAGGCUCGUCCAGUGAGCGCGACGCCCACAGCUGUGGAGGAGGAAACAACGCAGAAGAAGGCUGAUCAUACGGAGGAAGAACGUGACGAGGUGAUUGAAAUUCUGACGAAGCUAAGUGAGGAGGACGUGGAGCGUAUUGUCACUAUGAGUGAUGAGGAUCUUGACCGCAUUCCUGACCUUGCACAGAGAGAGCAGAUUUCAGUGCUGCGGGCUCGUUUAUUGGAUAUGGCAGGCGACCUUGAAUGA